CUAUACAAUAUACAUCAUAAGUUUACGCACGUAAUGAAGUAAUUUUGCGAUAAUUAUGUAAUGCGCAGCGCAUAGGAAUUGCAACGUAACAUUAUCUGUCAUAUUUUACCGCUAGAACAUCAUGUUAUCCCUGAAUCGGCUGUGCUCCAGGCCGGUUGCUUGUCUGGCGCACGUAUCAUCCGUCGAGUCAAUCUCGUCCAAGAGGUUUCAGCACCGUUUUAACGCUAGACAUACCACAAAGAAGCUGUACGAAACACUGGGCGUAGCUGAGAAUUGCGAGGACGAGACCCUGAGAUUGGCGUUUGUUCAUCUAGCGAAGCGGUUUCAUCCGGAUAGCGGAGCGCCAGAAGCCGACGCCGUUAGAUUCUCUGAGAUUGAAAACGCCUACAGAGAGAUUCGAAGAAUCAGGCACGCUCAGAAAGAUGAAGCACCGUUGGAAGCGGAAGAGUUUGAUAUCAAGCACACAGCGCCGCAGCAUCGUCAUUACUUGACCUUCGACGUCGGAAUCGGCACGCCAAGCAAGCGGCAGAGAUUGCACACGAUGCAAAGGGCGCAGACGGCAGUUGACAAUGUGAUGGAGCACAGGCUUAAGAAACUACAAGCCGAAGAACGUAACACGUUAGUCGGUAUGGAUAAACAGAAAGCCAAGGAUAUCAAGACCCGUUACGGCAUGGAUCGUUUGGUGGAAGACUUGAUUCAGGAUGCGAUGAAUAAGGGUGAAUUCAGCGAUUUACCUGGAAUGGGAAAGCCAUUGAAGACUACAAGCGCUAUAAAUCCCUACGUCGAUUUUGUGACCCAUAAACUGAAUCAGAUAUUGAUAGACAAUGGAUUCACUCCAGAAUGGAUACAGCUUUCAAAGGAAAUCAGGGAAGAGACUGAGGAAUUGAAAAAGAAACUGUCGGAAGCACGUAACGACGUGAACGAGCUGCCGUUGACUCCGAAGGACGCAUCGAUAUGGAAUGAUAAGUUAGAAAAACUUAAGACCACAACUAGGCAGAUAAAUAAUAAAAUUGAUAAAUAUAACUUGCUAGUUCCUAUACUCCAAAAACAAAUGCUCCAUGUUAGACUGGACGAGCUUGCCGAGAAGGCGCUAUCAGUACCGCCUUCUAAAAAUGUGAAAAAAUAUGCAGGCACUAGUCCCGAUUCAAACGAGAGCAUAUCCCAGGACUUGUAUAAUUUCAUAAGUAGCUUGUUUAGCAAAAAAAUUACUUAGAGGGUAAAAAAUGUGAUAUCUAGAUUUCGAUAAAGUUUGUAUAUAUAUUAAGAUAUAUCGGUAUAAAAAAUAUAACUUUUAUGUUUUAU